AUGGGAUGUAGCGGGCGGCUGCUGGGACCCGCCGGGGGCCGCCGCCGCGCCUCGCUGCUCCUCACCAUGAUCCUCUUCUUCACCUACUUCUUCUCCUGCCUGCCCGGGCCCUGCGAGCCGCUGCCGCCCGCGCUGCUGCUGCCGCCGCCCGCCGCGCUGCCCGCGGGGCCGGGGGGCUCGGGGGGCGCGGGGGGCGGCAGCCGCCGCUUCCCCCAGGCCAUCAUCGUGGGCGUGAAGAAGGGCGGGACGCGGGCGCUGCUCGAGUUCCUGCGGGCGCACCCCGGGGUGCGGGCGGUGGGCGCCGAACCCCACUUCUUCGACAGGUGCUACGAGAAGGGGCUGCGCUGGUACAGGAGCCUGAUGCCACGGACCCUGGAGGGACAGAUCACCAUGGAGAAGACCCCCAGCUACUUUGUCACCAAGGAGGCCCCGCGGCGCAUCCACAACAUGUCCCGGGACACGAAGCUGAUCGUGGUGGUGCGCAACCCCGUCACCCGCGCCAUCUCGGACUACACACAGACCCUCUCCAAAAACCCCUCCAUCCCCAGCUUCCAGGCCCUGGCCUUCAAAAACCUCAGCACGGGACUGAUCGACACGAGCUGGAGCGCGGUCAGGAUCGGCAUCUACGCCAAGCACCUGGACAACUGGCUGCAGUACUUCCCCCUCUCCAAAUUCCUCUUCGUCAGCGGGGAGAGGCUGGUCAGCGACCCUGCCGGGGAGAUGGGCCGUGUCCAGGACUUCCUGGGGCUCCAGAGGGUGGUGACAGACAGACAUUUCUAUUUUAACGAGACCAAGGGCUUUCCCUGCCUGAAGAAGCCGGAGGGGGGGAGCAAACCCCGCUGCCUGGGGAAAUCCAAGGGGCGGCCGCACCCCAAAAUCGACGGGCAGGUGGUGCAGCGCCUGCGGGAGUUCUACAGACCCUUCAACAUGAAGUUUUACCAGAUGACAGGGCAGGAUUUUGGGUGGGACUGAGCCCAUCUCCAGGGCACGCUGCCGGGCUGGCACCUGGGCUGCCAGGCCCUGGGAUGCCCGUGGUCAUCAUUGUCCAGGGAUGCCCAUGGUCAUUGUGGUCAAGGGAUCCUCAUGGUCAUCAUGGUCAAGGGAUGCUCGUGGUCAGUGUGGUCAAGGGAUCCUCAUGGUCACUGUGGUCAAGGGAUCCUCAUGGUCAUCAUGGUCAAGGGAUGCCCGUGGUCAUCAUUGUCCAGGGAUGCCCAUGGUCAUUGUGGUCAAGGGAUCCUCAUGGUCAUUGUGGUCAAGGGAUGCCCGUGGUCAUCAUUGUCCAGGGAUGCCCGUGGUCAUUGUGGUCAAGGGAUCCUCAUGGUCAUUGUGGUCAAGGGAUGCCCGUGGUCAUCAUUGUCCAGGGAUGCCCGUGGUCAUUGUGGUCAAGGGAUCCUCAUGGUCAUCAUGGUCAAGGGAUGCCCGUGGUCAUUGUGGUCAAGGGAUCCUCAUGGUCAGUGUGGUCCAGAGAUGCCCAUGGUCAUCGUGGCCCAGGGAUGCCCGUGACCACCCCACCAGCACCCUCCUCCCUUUGUUCUAAUUUAUAUCGGACCUUUUCUGGCAAGAAACGGACUUUUCUGGAGUAGAGAGAAAUAUUUAAUAAAAGCACAGAUGAGCCCUCUCCCCUCCCUGAGCAGAUUAAAUAUUCUUCCAUAUAAA